AAAAGUUCCAGCCGGUUACCCCGUGAUUACCCGGGACCCGCGGCGCUAUCUAGUGGUGGAGAACAACCGGCCAGCAACCAUCUACUGCGAAGGAGUCGGCAACCCAGCGCCUGUGGUCACCUGGUUCAAAGAUUCUGUACCGCUGGAAUCCGAUGACAGGGUCUACACGAUGGAAUCUGGUCUUCAAUUUUCCAGGGCGCAGCUGUCUGAUCAAGGUCGCUAUGAAUGUGCUGCAAAGAACUCUGUAGGUACCCGCUAUUCUAUGGAGUCACAAGUCUAUGUUAAAGAACGUCAAGUGGAGCCUCGUUUUACCAUCACGCCUUCCAACCAGGAGGUGGUACCUGGAGGCAGUGUGAACCUGACCUGUGUGGCCUACGGCUCCCCGAUGCCCAGGGUACGAUGGAUGAAAGCCGGUAUGGACCUGGACGACAUGGGUGAUCUUCCAAUUGGACGCAAUGUCCUGCAGCUGACUGACAUCUAUGAGACGGCCAACUACACCUGCGUGGCAACAAGCCUUCUGGGGACCAUUGACACCUCGGCCAGGGUUACAGUGAGAACUCGCCCCAGUGUACCCAGUCCACCCGUGGUGACCGGCUACACCUCUUCCUCGCUGACCGUCGAGUGGAGCACCCUGGCCGGGGACACCAUCACCUCCCACGUCCUGCAGUACAAACGAAGCCGAUCGAGUGGUUCCUACACUGAGGUGGAAAUACAAUCCGCGCAGGAUACGUCCUUCACGAUAGAAGACCUUCUGCCUUACACGGAGUAUUCCGUACGCAUUGUGGCUGUCAACAGCAUCGGGAGGAGCGACCCCAGCGAUGAAGUCACGGCUAUGACAGGAGAGGAUGUACCCGGUUCUCCGCCUAUAGAGGUCAGGGCACGCCCCCUCAGCGGCAGCACAAUCAUCGUCCAGUGGAGUGCCCCCACCACUCCGAACGGCGUCAUCAAGGGGUACAACGUCUUCUACACCACCAACCCCAGCAGUGAUCCUGAGUCCUGGUUCCACGUCUCAGUGGAUGCUGGUCGAUCCCUGACCACCAUCAGUGAUCUGGUGACCAUGCAGAUCUACUCGGUCAGCGUUUCAGCCUUCACCGUGAAGGGAGAGGGACCAACCUCGCCACCCAUCCAGGUCAAGACGCAACAAGGAGUUCCGAGCCAGCCAGAGCAAUUUGAGGGUGUGGCCAUAUCGGCCUUCCAGAUCCGUCUGACGUGGAUGAUGCGUGACACGGAACCCCAAAUCGUCCGUUAUGAGCUUUACUACAAUGUCUCUACCUCAGACAUGCACAAGACCAUCACUCCGACCACAGACUAUGUCCUUGGUGACCUUCGACCCAACACCCUUUAUCACAUUAGACUGGCUGCACGCUCGGAGACCGGUGAGGGCGCUAGCAGCCCUGUCAUCACUGUCAAAACACAGCAAUCAGUCCCCGGUGCUCCACCCCAAGAGGUGGGGGGCACGGUCCUGAGCUCUACCAGUAUAGAGGUGCGGUGGAGCCCCCCUCCGGAAGAGGACCAGAACGGUGACAUCACCGGCUACAAGAUCAUUUACCGCAAGAUGUCUCUUGUCAGCACCAACGACCCGGAGAUGACAGUACAGGUGGAAGCCGACGUCAGAUCGUACGUUCUCGAAGACCUUCGCAAGUACACGCUUUACGAUAUCAGCGUGGUAGCGUGCACAGCCAUCGGGGAUGGUCCCCCGUCCGAUUCUCUAUCCAUUCGUACUGCGGAGGAUGCACCUGAGGGUCCACCGAGGAAAGUCCGAGUCCGUGUCUUCAACUCCACGACGAUCAAGGUCCAGUGGCAAGCUCCGGAUCCAGACCUUCAGAAUGGCGAGAUCCGUGGAUACCGCAUCGACUACCAGACUGUAACAGAGGAAGGUGAACCGAUUGGCUCACCGCAGGUUGCCUUUGUUAAUCAGCCAGAUCUUAGGGAAGAUACAGAGGAUCAGGUUGCUGUGCUAAGUGAUCUUCUGCCCAAGACAUUCUACUCUGUGGAGAUCGCUGCUUUCACUGUCCGUGGAGAUGGGAUUCGAAGUACUACAGAGAUCCAGCAAACGCCUGGAGAAGUUCCGACCACCCCGGUGAACUUCGUUGUAGAUCCUAACCAGGAUGAUACCUACACUGCCAGUUGGUCUCCACCAGUGGAGACCCACGGUGACCUGGUGACCUACAGGCUCAGCUACGGACCAGAGAAUGGACGCUCUCUCUACCUGGAUCUCAGGCCAAGCGAGUCACAGUCCUACACCUUUGAUGAUCUCAGGUUGGGUACAAGAUAUGAGUUCAGACUGACUGCAUCCAAUGAAGAGGGAAGUAGCAAUGAAGCCAUCUUCUACUAUACAACACGAGAAGGAACCCCCUCUGGUACCCCUAUGAACGUAACCGCUGAGCCCGCCUCCAGUAGCUCCUUGCGAGUCUCCUGGGAUCCACCCCUGGAGGAGGAACGCAACGGUCUGAUCAUCAAGUACACCGUCCGAUACUACUCCUCCUCCAUGCCCCACGAGCUGACCAACCGAACCACCGAGACUUGGAUGCUCCUGACCGGUCUGGAAGCUAACACGGCUUAUUCCGUGGAGGUCAGGGCUCACACCGCUGUUGGACCUGGACCUUACAGUACCAAGGAUAUUGCAACUACACCAAGGGAAGCUCCUGCUGGUCCUCCCCUUGAUCUGCACUGUGCUGCUCCCCACGGCACCCAGCUUGAAGUCCGUUGGGACCACCCCAGCAACAUCCAACGUUCAGGCCCUGGCUACAACUACCUUGUCUACAGCACCACCAGCGCUGACAACACGGAACCCAGCAGAUGGGGGCGCCCUGUAUCGGCGGGAGAGUUCACUACGCUAGAGCUCCGGGGUCUGCAGGAGGAGACUACGUACUACUUAGCUGUCAAACUGGAUACGCCAGAAGGGAACUCCCCAUUUUCUCAGAUUAUAACCUGUCUCACUGGAACAUCAGCUCCAUCAGAGCCGCGAUCAUUUGAUGCCCACAUCGCCCCUGAUAACACCAUCAGUCUUGUAUGGGCGGAGCCCAGCGAUAUCCCAGGCAAGCUCAAAGAUUAUGUGAUCAAGUAUCGAACUAGCGACGAUUUCAGGAGGGAGUACCCCAAUUACUACGAUGGCGGCGGUGAGAUUGAGAUUCUUGCCACAGAGAAUCGUGUAUCUUUGGAUAGUCAGCUGUUCCAGCCCAACAUGGAGUAUGAAUUCAAUAUCACAGCCAGGACAGAGGCUAUUAGGGGGCCACCUGCUACUAUUUUAGUUAGAACCAGGAUACAAGCUCUGCAGCAUAUACCAAAGCCUACCAUCCAGAACAAUACAAUGAAUGGACAAAGUAUCAAGAUAGCACUGCCCAGGAUUACCCAGAAUGCCGCUCUCUUAGAUUACCUGUACAUCAUCGUCAUCCCUCUGAGCCGGAACAAAAACGGCGAGCCCGUCCCCUUGAGCAUCUCCCCGAAUGACCUCAGGACGGAAGACCUCGUAAUACCAUCCCGCGGCAGGAGGAGCGUGCAUCCUCGCAGGCGCAGGGCCGUCGCCCCUGAGAUGCAACCGUACAUCGCAGCCAAGUUGACCGGGGAGGAGAUGCCGGAGUCGUUCGUGGUCGGGGACGGGAGUCAGGUGAAUGGGUACAGAAACAAGCCCCUGAAGGAGGGCGAGUUCUAUACCAUCUUUACCAGAGCGGUUAUUCUCAGUGAGAAUGGGACCAAGCUCGAAACCUCCAGUCCAUUUGCUUCUCCCAUCAAAGCCAAGCUGCCCGUCUCUCUUCCACAGGAGACUCCUAAAUCCAAUGACCUUAUAAUCAUCAUCGCUGCAGCCGUCGGUGGCGUAGUCGUCCUCCUACUGCUUGUCCUUGUCAUCAUCUUUGUACUCAAACGACGGGAUCCCCGGCCUCCAAGCACAAACAAGAGAAAAGAGAACACAGAGAGCAACCUGGCAGACCCUGUCGAGAUGAGGAGACUCAACUACCAGACUCCAGCCAUGAUGUCCCACCCGCCAAUCCCAGUCUCCCAGUUCCAAGAGCAUAUAGAGAGGUUAAAGGGCAACGAUAGCAUGCUCUUCUCACAAGAAUAUGAGUCGAUAGAGCCAGGCCAGCAGUUCACCUGGGACCACUCAAACCUAGAGACCAACAAGCCCAAGAACCGUUACGCCAACGUCAUCGCCUACGACCACUCCCGGGUCAUUCUCUCCCCCAUGGAGGGGUUGCCUGGCAGCGACUACAUCAACGCCAACUACUGCGAUGGGUACCGCAAGCAGAACGCUUACAUCGCCACACAGGGGCCGCUCCUGGAGACGAUGGCAGACUUCUGGAGGAUGGUGUGGGAGCAGAGGACGAACACCAUCGUCAUGAUGACAAAGCUGGAGGAAAGAAAUAGGGUUAAAUGUGACCAAUACUGGCCAACCAGAGAUCAAGAAAAGUAUGGUUUUGUACAGGUCACUUUAUUAGAUACAACAGAGCUAGCUACUUACACUGUCAGAUCAUUUGCCUUGGUUAACCUCAAGAAUCGCUCGAUGGAGAAGAGGGAGGUGAAACAGUUCCAGUUCACAGCCUGGCCGGACCAUGGAGUUCCAGAGCACGCAACAUCAGUCCUAGCCUUCAUUAGUAGAGUCAAGUCCUGUAAUCCGCCUGAUGCAGGACCAAUUGUAGUGCAUUGCAGUGCCGGUGUCGGGCGUACUGGGGCCUACAUAGUUAUUGACUCCAUGCUUGAGCGCAUCAAGCACGAGAAGACGGUGGACAUCUAUGGUCAUGUGACCUGCCUACGUGCCCAGCGUAAUUACAUGGUGCAGACAGAGGAACAGUAUAUCUUCAUCCACGAGGCCUUGUACGAGGCGGUGGCCAGCGGGACCACGGAGGUCCAUGCGCGCAACCUCUAUGGUCACAUCCAGAAACUGACGGCAUUGGAGCCGGGAGAGACCAUCACUGGUAUGGAGAAUGAAUUCAAGAGGUUGGCCAGCCAGAAGGCCCAGCCGUCACGAUUUGUCAGUGCCAAUAUUCCUGCAAAUAAAUUCAAGAACAGAUUGCUUAACAUCCAGCCAUAUGAAGGUAAUCGUGUGUGUCUGCAACCAAUCCGAGGGGUCGAAGGAUCAGACUACAUCAAUGCAAGUCAUAUUGACGGUUACAGACAGAGAAAUGCCUACAUCGCCACCCAAGGACCUCUGGCCGAGACGACAGAAGACUUCUGGAGGAUGCUCUGGGAACAGAACUCGACCAUCAUUGUCAUGCUUUCUAAGCUCAGAGAGAUGGGAAGGGAGAAAUGUCAUCAAUACUGGCCCGCUGAGAGGUCGGCUCGUUACCAAUACUUUGUGGUUGAUCCAAUGUCAGAAUACAACAUGCCUCAGUAUAUCCUUAGAGAGUUCAAGGUCACAGAUGCCAGGGACGGACAGUCAAGAACGAUCCGACAGUUCCAAUUCACCGACUGGCCAGAGCAAGGUGUGCCAAAGUCGGGAGAAGGCUUCAUUGAUUUCAUCGGUCAGGUUCACAAAACUAAGGAGCAGUUUGGCCAGGAAGGACCAAUAACAGUACACUGCAGUGCUGGAGUGGGUAGAACAGGAGUCUUCAUCACCCUCAGCGUCGUCCUUGAGAGAAUGCGCUACGAGGGUUUCGUUGACAUGUUCCAGACCGUCAAGAUGCUGAGGACUCAGAGGCCUGCUAUGGUACAAACAGAGGAUCAGUAUCAGUUCUGCUACCAUGCUGCACUUGAGUACCUUGGUUCAUUUGAUCACUACACAUAGACUCCUUCCCAGUCUCCAUCUUGGAGCACCUAUCUAGCAACAGUACUCCAAAAGACAAUGAAAUAUUAGAGAAGUACUUACUAUACACCCGGGAUUCAAAGUCUAUAUUUUGCACUCAGACAGAAUGAGAGAGUGAUAUAAAUGGAAUCUCCACUUUCAAGAAACUUGAGCAAACAAAGUGGACAAUUUUUUUUUACAGUGACGUUGUCUUCUACCCCACGGUUGAUAUGUUAGCUGUGUAUAAACUUCUUGAAAAUGGCGGAUGGGAGUCCGUCGUUUUGUCAUCAAACAUCCUUCCAAGAACGGAUCGUCGCAAGACCUGGUAGAAAGGAUCUUAUCUAUGCAUAUGCUUCGGCCCGGACAGAGCAUUGAAGGUUGUAGCAAUACGGACAAGUACUUCAAACUAGUAGAGACAUUGAUCGACAGUAACAAGCAUAGCUUGGAGUAUCAUACAGCCAGAAAUGUUACAAUAGAAUCUCAACGCACCAAUAAGAUGCUUUACAGGCAAAAUUAAACUGAAGUUACUUGUCAGAGCUAUUUGUAUUCAUAUUCAUUCAGUCAUGCUGCCUACUUUUGUAGUCAUCGCUUUCAUUUUGUUUUUAUUUUGCAAAUGAGGAACAGAUACUGUGCAUCGAGUUAAGCACUGACUGAUAUUUUUAUGAGAGGUUUUCGUCAAGCACUGGUAGUGUUUAUAUAGAGGAAGAAUAGCGUCGACUUGCUUCAGUUGGUUGGAGCGCAAAGAAUUCAGAAUACUGUUAACAUAGAGCUGAUGGAUGCAGGAGUGUUGUCCUUGCAUCGGACAAGAUGUGGAAUCUCUCAAAAGUGGAUUUCAUUUCGAGUAUGGACCAAGCAAACUAUUUUUGUAAAACAAACAUGGUCACAAGAAGUGGAUUAUGGAUGGUGGCACCAGGCAUAGGUGCUUUGGAAUGGCUAAUGUUCGUCACCACGAUAUUGAGUAUCACAGCAAAUAGAUUACUAGAUGAUUUGGUAUAUCACAAGGUUUAUUCUAGGUAUCAAUGAUUAUUGUCACAUUCGAAUCACAUAACAUACAUUGGAUUUUGACAAUCGGCGUUUGAGACGAAAUGAAAUGAGUAGAUUUGUGUUAGUACAUACUUUAAGAUGUUCAGAACUUUACUUCCAUUUGUAACACCAUGUUUCUUAUUAACCAUUUUCAAAUCACUGAUUUUAAAUCAAAUCAUUAAUCUCAAAUUAAAAACCCUUAAUUGUAACACCAUGUUUUUGUUUUCAAAUCACUGAAUUUGAAUAAAAUCAUUUAUUUCAAAUAAAUCCCCCAAACUUUCAACACAAGGUAUCAGUCAUUUUAACAAUUAUUUAGGAACACACAGCUUGAUACUGGAUAGAGAUUUAGGACGAUGAGACUUACAUCAGGGAUUUAGUUUGGGAUUCCAACAUACAUGAUUAGCAUGUGUAAUUUAUGUGAGUACUAAAAACUUCUAAUAAAACAUGGGUUUGUAAGUUUUGAUUUUUAUCAUCACUGUAAAAGUACUAUACUAGUCCAUGUACUAAAACACAAUUAGUGACUUGUAUGUUUGAAUGAAAAAAAUUAUAUUAGUGUGAGUCCAUGCAAGUGGUUUAGCUGCAUGUACGCAGCAGAUUUUGUGUACAGACGAAAAGUAUACCAAGGUACUUUUUUCAAGAAAGACAGAUGUAUUGUAUCUUUGAAUAUGUUUUUACACCACUAUCAAGCAAAGAUUUUGAGCAAAUUGUUCAUUGAAUAGGCUAAAAUAGCAAGAUGGUUCCUUGGGGUUGUGAUAUAUCACAAGUCCUUGUGUUGAAUUUUACAUGUUCUGUUUUGGCUUACUGAAAAAGGCUUUCAUCUAAAAAUACCUUCCAUUAGAUCUUAAGAAAAACAUUUUCAGAUAUACCAGACGACCUCAAAUCCAUAGGAAUAGAUUUCCGAAGAUUUUUCCUAAUUUUGCAGCUUACGAUGCGUUUGCAACAAACACACAACACAAGUUGAAGAAGUAGUUAUCGUUUUCUUGUACAGAACGUUUAUUUUAGCCAUGCAAUUUUGCUUUGAAUUUGAUAAUUUCUUGUGCUGAAUUGAGUAAUGUACUUCAGUUGAUAGAUAUGUACUAUAUAGUUGAUUACAUCAGAAUGUGUAUGUUAUGUUCUCUUGAAAUGCUGUGUGUAAAGUACUAGCUGCAGUAUUAUAUUCAUUUUUUUACUAUCCAUUGAGUACAGUUACUUUUUCUAAUGUUUAUAUUCAUUGAUACUGCCAAUAUUCUUUGUGUAAUAUAGGUUGUCUUGCAUUUCAUACAUUUUAGCUAAUUUUUUCUUUUAAAAUAUUGCUAUUCGUCUGUCUCUUGCCCCUCUUUGUCGAUUCUUUUCUUUUUCUACUCCUCUUUUGUUUUCUUUCUCUUUGUCUCUCUUUCUCCCCCACCUCAAUCUUUCUCUAUCAGUCUCUCUCUCUCUUGUCUUUUUCUCUCUGUGUCUUUGUCUUUCUGUUUACCUCCCCCUCUCUCUCUCUCCUGUCCCUAAGAAGUCUGAAUAAUAUUACCGAAGAUUUUGUUCCAAUCUUCAUUUUUCAAAUCAUAAGUAUUUUUAUAUGCCAUAUAUGGAGUGAUAAAUCAUAAGUUGAAAAAAAAACAGACAUUUUAGAAUUUACAUAUGAAUUUGUCCAUUGGAUACCAAACAAUCUCAUGUUUUCCCAUAAAAUACACAUUUUAAAAAUUUCUCUCUGUAUCACAUGUUUUCAUACAUGAGUUAAUAUUGAAUUGUUACUUUUAAUAAUUUCAGUAUUUUAGCCAUUAUCACUUUGAUGUUUUUAGUAUUAAAAUCCACUUGUUACGAUUGAAUACAAUUUCAUGAUAUUGAUAGCAUUUUGUUUCAUUGUCAUAUUACUAUCAUGGUUCUUGUUCCAAGCUUAAGAAAUAGUUUUUUUCACAAAUGAUCCAUCUUUGUUAAGUCAUUAUUCAAUAAGAAAAUAUAUUUGGAUGUAGUGUUUAUUCUAUUGCUUGAAUAGGAUUUUAUUGUCUCAUUUGCUGAAAUGUCCUUCAAAUCGAAGAUUUGUGAUUCUUUUUAACAAUUUUAUGCCUUUUAAAGAAACUAAACCCUCUUCGUUCUAUUUGAUUGGUGUUUUAUUUUGUGAAGUUUCACCACUUUGAGGACAAAACGACAAAGCUGUACAUGUACUUUAACAUCAUUCUUCUUUGAAGCAGAUGAAUAUAACUUGUAUUGUAUGAUUGUUUAUUUAAAAACUUUUUCUCUUCUGAUCAUCAGUUUGGUGCUUUUAAAAGAGUUAAAAGAAAAAAAAAGAAUGGAUGCUCUUUUUUGAAUCCUGUAAAUUCAGGUUAACUUUUUGAAAACCAGCAUCGCAGUGUAUUCACAGUUUUUUGUUUAUCAUAUUGAUAAAAUAGUGGCUUUUGACAAAUUAAUGUAAUUUAGUGUAAAUAUAAAUAGCCGUACUUGACCUCCGUGGUCUGAAUCUAUGUUUGGAAUUCUUUUGUUUUAUCAUGAAGUAGACCAUUUUUGUUGUAAAUUUCUUGUAAUAUUUUUUUUAAAGCCCAGUGUCCUUUUCUUCUCUUUUAUCUGGCUUUUAAAAGUAAAAAUACACUUUAAGAAAUGUCCUCAAGCUGUAAUAUUAAUUCAGAAUUAAUGUCGAUAUCUUCCUUUUAGCUUGUAAAGCAAUUGAAAGUGUAUUAUUUUACAGGGCAAGAUGUACAAUAAAACUUGGCAAACAUAUCACUAGGUUAUAUGAUUAAAAAAAAAAACAUUUUGAUUUUUCCUUUUAUACAAAAUUGGCAUGGAGCCGUUUCUUUCAGCAAGGUAAAUGAUAUCAAACUUGGCCCCCAUAAAAAUUGAAAUAUUUUGUAGAUCUUGACAUCGCUCAGUUUGAAUGCUGCACCAUCAGUUAAUAUGGUUGUUAUCGGUAUCUCCCUCAAUAAAGCAAUAAUCAUGAUACAUGUACAUGUAUAUCUCAAUGCAAUAGUUUGCAUGAGUGGGAUAUAUGUGAGGUAUUUGUCGAUAUCUGUAAUAUACCAGCCAAAGUAUAUCCAUAUUCUUCCCUUGAUCAUCUGUUCUUUAUUUUCUUCCUUUGUAAAUUCGCCAUCUGCACAACUCAUUUUGUUUUCCUUUGAAUUUAUAGUGCACUUCAAAAUUAUGUGAUUCUUAUUUUGUGAUUUAUAUUUGUCAUGUGUGUUAAUAAUGACUCUUCUCCCAUAACUAUAAGAUGUACAUUGUGUUAUAAUUGUUCUGUAUUUCAAUUUCUAUAAUUGUUAUUACCUCCUAAAUAUUGACUCCUUCUUGAGUCAUAUUUUUCUCUUUUUUCGCUGUUACAAUGUGAAUAGACUUUGCCAUACUAUUAUCAUAAGAAAGAUGUAAAUUUUGGUAUUCUUGUUUGUAUUGAAGAGGGGAAAAAAAAAUUGAAGAUCUGUAAGUAUAGGAAGGGAAAUAUUUUGCCAGCUUUUGUAUAAAAACAAAACACAAAGAAGAAAUCUUCCUGAUCUUUUGUGCAUAGCGUGUAUGUUUUAGUUUAAGGUUGAGUUUAUAGGUUCAAAUACAUGUAUACAAUAAAUGUAUAUAUGCUUUAAGUUCAUUUAUAAAAAAGAAGUUCAUGUAUUUCUCUGUAGGCAGUAAUUGUCUAUCUUGCUUAUUUUAAGUAAUUCAUAUGUCUUAACAAGCAUUAAUAAAGAAAUUCAUACAUAAAA